AUGAGCAGGAGAGGAUUGACAUUGUGGGGAUCGUUUACUGCGCAAACGUUUCUCGCAAGAUGGCGUUCUUCUCUGGGCAGUCCGAUGCGAACGACCAUAUUCAGGGAGGUUGGUUUUGUCAUUACCCCCCUCCUCACCUGGGGGUCCUUUUCUUUUUCUGCUAUCACUUCUGCUGCUGGUGUUGGUGUAGUUUUCGUGGGCUGUUCCAUCUUCUUCCCAAGGCACGACUUUGCCAUAUGCCCCACUGCAUUACACACCCAACAACACGGCCUUCUUUCCUCUACCACGACAAACAUUCUUUUGUCCCGGCACGUCAGAAUAUUCGAGAUGUCUAAAAACGUCUGUCUUGUCUCCCGUUGCUAUCCUCGGCUUGCUUUUAACAGCACUCACGUCGUCGACUGGACCAUAUUUAGCGAAAAAAACUGCAAUCCUGUCCUCCGUGAUGUCAACUGGUCCGCCAUGUACUGUUAUUUUUUUUGGUCAUAUCUAUCUAUCUAUCUAUCUAAGUUUGGUCAUAUCUAUCUAUCUAUCUAUCUAAUUUGGUCAUAUCUAUCUAUCUAUCUAUCUAAGUUUGGUCAUAUCUAUCUAUCUAUCUAUCUAAGUUUGGUCAUAUCUAUCUAUCUAUCUAUCUAUCUAAGUUUGGUCAUAUCUAUCUAUCUAUCUAUCUAUCUAAGUUUGGUCAUAUCUAUCUAUCUAUCUAUCUAUCUAAGUUUGGUCAUAUCUAUCUAUCUAUCUAUCUAUCUAUCUAAGUUUGGUCAUAUCUAUCUAUCUAUCUAUCUAUCUAAGUUUGGUCAUAUCUAUCUAUCUAUCUAUCUAUCUAAGUUUGGUCAUAUCUAUCUAUCUAUCUAUCUAUCUAAGUUUGGUCAUAUCUAUCUAUCUAAGUUUGGUCAUAUCUAUCUAUCUAAGUUUGGUCAUAUCUAUCUAUCUAAGUUUGGUCAUAUCUAUCUAUCUAAGUUUGGUCAUAUCUAUCUAUCUAAGUUUGGUCAUAUCUAUCUAUCUAUCUAA